AUGCCCUGUCUCUCCCUUGUCGCCGAGGGCAUCGGGUGCGCGCGGCCGCGCGGCCGCGUGGGCGGCUGGGGCGGGGGUGCUGAAGAGCGGGGCCGGCGCGCGCCCACUCGCCGCUGCGCCAGCCGCCCUCUCGGCGCGGAGCGCAGGCCGCAAUUCGGCGCUCUCCGGCGACCCCGAUCCCGCGGCGCCGCCCCAACCACCCCUGUUGUCGCGAUUCCGGCCACUGCCGCGCCGCAUUAUGUGACACUAAACAACUGCGCCGAAUGGAGGAUGAGAGGGCGCGCGUGCGGGGAGCUGGCAUCGAGCAGGCGGCCGCCACUCCGAGUGGCGCAGACUCGCAGAGCAUUUUCUCCUGCUGCAUCUCAGCGACGAGCGGCCGCAAAGAGGCCCGCAAUCGACCGCUUUGCUGCCUGCAGGGCGUGCCAGGCGGCGGCGCCACCAUGCAACAGGUGCAACUGGACCAAGAAACGCUGGGCGGGCGCGGCGCUGGCGGCGGCGCUGGGCGCGGCGGCGGCGCUGGGCGCGGGCGUGCUGGCGCUGGGGUGGGCGGCGGCGCCGCUGCCGCUGUUCGCGCUGCUGCUGGCCCUGCACACCAUGCUGCCCGUGCCGCGCGCGCUGGCGCUGGCCGUGGGGCUGGCGCUCACGCUGCUGCACCUGGCGCUGGCCGGCGUGCUGCGCUCCUUCGCCGACCUCGCGCUCUUCGCGCGCCAGUGGACGGCCGAGGCGGUGUUCCUGGCGUGCGCGAGCGGCACGGGUCUCUACUACCGCCACAUGACGGAGGCGGCGCACCAGCGCACCUUCGUGGGCACGCGCCAGUGCAUCGAGUCGCGCGUCAAGCUGGAGUGCGAGAAGGAGCAGCAGGAGCAGCUGCUGCUCAGCGUCAUCCCGGCCUACAUCGCGGCCGAGGUAAAACGCAGCAUCAUGCUGAAAAUGGCAGAUGCUUGUCAAGAUAUGUCUAACAAACAAACACGUUUCCACGAGAUGUACGUGCAACGCCACAACAAUGUCAGUAUUCUGUACGCAGACAUUGUAAAUUUCACCCCGUUGUCGGAGCAACUGAGUGCCUCGGAACUUGUAAAGACGUUAAACGAAUUGUUCGGGCGGUUUGAUCAGCUUGCACAGGACAACCAGUGCAUGCGUAUCAAGAUAUUGGGAGACUGCUACUAUUGUGUUUCGGGACUGCCUGUUUCACGCCCCAAUCAUGCGUACAACUGUGUCAACAUGGGUUUACAAAUGAUUGAAGCAAUUCGUUUCGUGAGGGAGGCGACGGGCUUCAACGUUGACAUGCGCAUUGGCAUCCACACGGGCAACGUGCUGUGCGGGGUGCUGGGGCUGCGCAAAUGGCAGUUCGACGUUUGGAGCGAUGACGUCACUUUGGCCAAUCAUAUGGAGUCUGGCGGCAAACCUGGACGAGUUCACAUAACCAAAGCGACGCUGAUGCAACUCAAUGACCAGUUCCAAGUGGAGCCAGGAGAUGGAGGAUCCAGGGAGGGCUACUUAGCAGAUCACAAGGUGGACACAUUCCUCAUUGUGCCCCCAAUGCGGCAGGAGGCGGAGACGGAGGAGCGCAAGGACAGCACGGGCGGCGGCAAGGGCGAGGGCGCGGCCGGCCGCAACCGCGCUUCGGGCAAGAUGACCAAGUACGUGGAGUGCUGGGGCGCCGACAAGCCCUUCGCCAACAUCAACGAAAGCACCCUGGCCAAAAACAUAGGGCUCACGAGCAUAUCCAUGAUUGAAUCGAACCUACUUCCGAGAAAAAGCGCCUGUUUGGAGUGCAAGAAGUGGCUGCAGUCGGAGGAGCUCAACCCUGCGCUGUUGUGGUUCCGCAAGGACUCCCUGGAACGUGAUUACCGCAACGAGCCCGACGCUCACUUCCACUACUACGUGGCUGCCGCUGCCCUGCUGUUCGUGUGCAUGGCUGCAAUCCAGGCGCUCGCCAUUCCCCGGAGCGUGGUGCUGUGGGGGUCGAGCGGCGCGACGCUGGCCGCCCUGCUGCUCUUCCUCUACCUGUGCUGGGCGGACGCUGCGUGCGGCGAGCGUGUGGCCACGCCCGGCUCCGCCGCCGCCGCCGCCGUCCCGGCCGCCGCGCUGGUUCCGCCCACCGACUUCGAGGGCGCGCGGCCCGGCGCCGUCAGCGCCAGCCGCUGGCUGCGGCUCAGCGUGUUCCUCGUCUCCGUCACCCUCAUCGCCGUCUGCGCCGUCAUCACCCUGAUAGAUCUACCAGCUACGUCAAACUUGAAUGAAAUACUGCAAAGACAGCAAGAAGUGAAUAAUACCUUACUCUCGAUGGAUGCUGUACCACAAUUACUGUCCUACCUCUACAGUUCUGUGCUGUCUCUGGCUGCCAUCUCGGUGUUUCUGCGUGUGGGCUUCCUCUUCAAAUUGAGCAUCAUGCUGGUGGCCACCGCUCUUCACUUGGGGCUCUACAGUUCCCUGCAGAUAUUCCGAGAUUACUAUGAGACAACCAUAGACGGGUUCGAAGAUCUGCCUCCCGAAGUGCGGUCGGCAGUGCCCUUGCUUGUUAUAGUUGUUCUUUUUCAUGUACUUGAUAGACAACUAGAAUUUACGUCAAGGACAGACUUCCUUUGGAAAGCGAAGUUGCAAGUAGAACAAGAAGACGUGGAAACUAUGCGUGGAAUUAAUAAGAUUCUUCUCGAAAACAUUCUUCCUGCCCACGUAGCAGAACAUUUUCUGGCAAUGCGAACGAAUCCUCAGGAGCUAUACCAUGAACGUUACAGUUGUAUUGCUGUAAUGUUUGCUUCAAUUCCAAAUUAUAAAGAAUUCUAUGAUGAAAAUGAUGUCAACAAACAGGGGCUUGAAUGUUUGAGACUUUUGAAUGAAAUCAUAUGUGACUUUGAUAAGCUCCUACUUAAACCAAAGUUUAGCUGUAUUGAGAAGAUAAAAACUAUAGGGAGUACUUACAUGCUAGCUUCAGGGUUAAGACCAGGGAAAGAAGAAGGCAGUGGGGAUGCAUCUAGACAGCAAGAACAUAAUAUCCUCAUUCUUGUGGAUUUUGCUAUUGCUCUUAUGACCAUACUGGAUCAGAUAAAUCGUGAAUCAUUCCAGAGAUUUAAACUACGAAUAGGUCUGAAUCAUGGACCAGUAAUUGCUGGCGUAGUUGGAGCUCAGAAACCUCAGUAUGAUAUAUGGGGAAAUACUGUUAAUGUUGCUUCUCGAAUGGACAGUUGUGGAAUUAUGGGUCGCAUUCAGGUAACUGAGGAUACAGCAAAAAUUCUAAUGAAUUCUGGAUAUGAUUGUGAAUGCAGAGGACCAACAUAUGUGAAAGGAAAGGGUACUCUUACUACAUAUUUUGUAAAAACACCAUUUGAUGAAAAAUAAUAUAUAUUUCUGAAUUUUGUCAAAUGCGUUUGAAUUCUAGAGGAUUCUGUUGUCACAGAGAGUUUGGAGAAGAAAUAAUAGAUAAUAAAAUGAUAAUAAUGCACAUACAGCAAAGAAAUGAAAGAGAUGAUUCAUGUAAGAUGCCAAAAUAUAAUACAUAUUUUACUAGCCAUGAGAUGGACUGUUUGAGCAUCAAUGUAGUGGUUUUCAAAUAUACAGACUAAAAGCAUGGACCAUUUCAGUAUUCACGUAUAUUUUAUAUACCACAUAUUAACCAAAGCAUAUAAUUUCAUAAAAUAUUAAAGGACAUUUAAUGUUGUGAUAUAAAAUUAAAUGAGCACUAGAAAUACCUUCAAUGCUAGAGAGAAACAAGUGAAUGAAUUUAUCUGAGAGAAUAUGAAAAUGUUUAAGAUCUAAUAAAUUUAUGAGCACAUUUGCAAGUCUCAUGUAGGUAUCAUAGUUUUAAGGUAUACAAACAUUUCACUUGCACAUCACAUUUACUUAAGGCAUAUUUUAUAAUGCCAUAUUUUAAUGCAUUUGACGCCAGUCAUUUGUGCCAUAUUGGCUAUUACUUGUUUUAAUAACCGAAGUGUCUGUUGCACAUAUAUAACAGUAGGGCAUAUGUCAGGAAGCUCUAUAUGAUGUCAAUAAUUUGCAAAGUUAUUUCUCAGUUUCAACAAAUUUCUUCACAAUUUUAUAAACCUACUGAGUAUUGGAAUCUUAAUUAUUUUAAGUGAAUCAAAAGUAUUUGUUCCAUUAAAAUGGAUGUCAUUGGAAACUUUCUGGAGUCUUUUUAUUUUAGGAGUGAAGUCACAAAAUGUUAAACAUGUUUAUUAAUUUUUCUUAUUUACCUAUUGAAGGUUGGGCACAAAUUAUUGUAUUUAUUUUUGUUUCUUUCUUUCUAUACUAAACAUGAAAAAUGAUUUCUUACAGGAAAAUAUGAUAGGAAUAUUUAUAUUUGAGCCUAUUUUUUAAGCUAGGAAAUAAUACCGCCAAGAGACUUAAAUGCCUACUUAAGUGUGUAACAUACAACAAUAGAAUGUGAAUGUAUUUAUUUUUAUUGUUAUAAUUAUAUAUUACUAAUGCUUAUAUAUAAAAGUUGAACUGGAGAAAUAUGUUCCUGUAAGUAGGAAAAAUUUGUGUACAAUCCAUUUUUCCAAAUAUGAAAUUCUAAGAGAAAACAAGUGUAAAGAAUUUUUUUGUGCAGCAAUGACAUCAUAUAAUGUGAAUACCUCAGACAAACAUGAGAAUAAUUGCAGAUGGAAAAGCAUUUACUUGUAUAACUAAAGACCAGGUAACAAAUGUGAAGUUAUCAAAAAUGUUAUAUAAUAAUGUGACCUCAGGAAAGAUCGAUUUUGCUAUCAAUUGAUGCAAAUUGUCACUGUGAACAUUCUGAGGUGAUUAGCACCAAUACAACUAACGAUUUUGCAUUGUAAGUACUGUUUGCUGAAAAAAUGUUUUAAUUAGUAGCAUUGUAGGAAUUUAAGCUGCAUAAUUCUUUGUUAGUUGUUUAUAUCACUUUCAAGUAUAAAAUAUUAUGAAACUAUGUUCAGUAUUCAUGUACAAAUUAUAUAACGCUAAUAAGAAUUCCUCAAAUACAAUACACAUGUCUAUUUUGUUCCUGUUAUUGUCU